GCCCAAGGUCACUGCAAGAGGGGCACAUUUCAAGCUGAGGUCCUCAGAUGUCUUUCUUCUCUCUGUAGUGAGUCAGCGUGUGAGUUGACACCUGAGCUGAGCCAUGGGGUUUGGCUGUCCUGAGGGUCACUUCUGGGAUGGCCUGUUGAGGAAGUGUCUGACCUGUCAGAUGGUCUGCCAGCAGCCUCACCACCACCUCAGAUGCAUCGAGUACUGUGUUUCUCUAAGGUGUAAGGCAGUCCCAGGGCAGUACUACGACAGGCUGUUGAAGAAGUGUCUGACGUGUGCUGUCGUGUGUGGCAACCAUCCCUCAGAGUGUUCUCACCAAUGUCAGACCCAACAGCCUGACUUGAGUGCAACCUUGAGGCCUGUGGAUGGGACAGUCUUCCAGAACCCUACCACCAAGGGGGGCUCCCUACUCAGUGGUGUGCCUAACUCAGUCAUCCUGGUGUACUCUCUGCUGGGCUUUUGUCUGGCUCUGCUGCUGUUGACCCUGUCUUUGGCCCUGCUUGUGCUGCUGAGGAGGGCCAGUGCCAGAGGUCCCCGACCAGGGGCCACACAGAGCAGUCCCACCCAGGGCCGUGGAAGCCAAGAGCCUAACCAGCACAGCAAGUCCUCCAAAGAUAACCUGAUGGAUCCAUCCCUGCCCAAGCUGAACAGUGUGACAGCGGGCCGUUCGUCCAGCCCAAUAGAGACCUGUGUGUGUGUCCACUGCUUCCCUGACCUCAGAGUGCCUGGCAGAGGUGAGAAGCAGCAGAGACCCCCUCUCACCCUCUACCAGCAGGCUGUCUCCCAGGACCUCCACACUCCUACCAGACGACUCACAUGUGGAUCAUCAGAAAAAAUAAUCUGCUCCCCCUCUCAGCCUAGCUUCUGACCGGAGCAGAACUGAAACCGACUGGACACUACGGCAAUAAUAGAAAUCCUAUUAAAUUACUAGAGGGGCUAUGUCAUAAACCCUCAAAGUGCCAUCCAUAAUCGGGUGAAAAUGGCAGCAAUCUUGGUCAGGGAGAAAUACAAAACCAGUCUAAUUGGAAUGAAUGGCAGAGGCAUAGGUGAUGCAUUUCCUGCUUUUACUGAUGCAGGAAAAUAAAAGUAAGGCAGGUGAUGUAUUAGAAAUUGUGUAAUGUAAUUAUAGUCAACCUAAAAUAGUGUUGUAAUUCUAAAAACAUUUGAUACUGGUUUUAUAUCAAUUUUCUGUACAAAUACCUUCUAAAAUACAUGUAAACAGACCAUACGUCUUAGUUUUCUUGAAAAACGGUGUGCUACUCUAUGAUACAAUAUCAGUACUUGUUGCAUUUAGGUCUCAGUCAUAUCAUCAACUGAUUUGAGCCAGUGUAUAGCUGUGUAUUGUCUGCCUUGUUUGAAUGGAAUGUUUGCUUGUUGGCAGUUAAAUUAGACACAUUUAUGGUGUCAUUCCUCAAAAACUGGUUGGCCAGCUAGCUAGCAAACACCCAUACUGUCAUGCUGUCAUGUUUCACCUGUCCUUGUGAUUGUCUCCACCCCCUCCAGGUGUCGCUUAUUUUCCCCAGUGUAUUUAUCCCUGUGUU